AUGCGGGAGAUGGCCAAGACGGCCGCCUGGAGCGUCAACUCCUGCAAGCCCGGCAACGGCGUCGCCUCCCUCCGCGACGACACCGCGUACCUGGAAUCCGACAUCCCAAAGGAGCAGGCCAGGUACAAGAUCAUAUUCGUCCAUGGCUUCUUCUGCUGCAGGCACGACGUGCUCAACGUCUCCCAGGGGCUGCUACAAGAGCUUGGCAUCUACCUGCUGUCCUUUGACCGGCCGGGGUACUGUGAAAGCGACACGCACCCGGCAAGGACGGAGGAGAGCAUCUCCGUCGACAUCGCCGAGCUCACCGACAACCUGCAGCUGGGGGCCAGGUUCCACCUCAUGGGCUUCUCCAUGGGCGGUGAGAUCAUGUGGAGCUGCCUCAAGCACAUCCCGCACAGGCUCUCCGGCGUGGCCAUUCUCGCGCCGGUGGGAAACUACUGGUGGUCCGGCCUGCCGGCGGACGUGUACGAGGAGGCGUGGUACGCGCAGUUCCCGCAGGACCGGAUCGCCGUCAUAAUCACGACAAGACAGAGACACAGACAAGGAAAUAUUUUCACUGACAAGACAGAGAAGCGCUAUAAUCCAAACAUGUCUCCCGUCAUUAGAAAGGAUAAAUGGAGGAAAGGAUCACAUGUUCUUUGGGUAAUGUUAAUCAGAAAGCACGCAGAGGUUGUUGUUGGUGACAAGCAUGUCUUUCAAGUAUUCAGAAAGCAUUGUAAGAUUUGCAAGAAAGCCCCUCGCGCCCGGAUCGGAUCCGCCCCACCGCCGCCAGGGCCGCCCCGCGCCAGCCACCCCCGCGCCUCCCCUGUCCUCCUCCGCCCCCCGUGCCCCUCCUCUCCACCGACUGGCUCCUCCUAG